AUGAAAGAGCACAACUACUGGGCAGGGGUAGCGUCAAUGCCGGUUUUCGCUGAAGGCAACUUUUUUCCAUCCUCGGGGGAUAUUGGAUUUAAUAUGCCCCUAGACUUCGGAAACAUCAUGGGUCCUGUUGAACAAUGGAAUUAUCAUCAAUCAAACUGGUCAACCGAUGCAUAUAACUUGCCUCCCGAUUGGAUUCCAUCAGAUCAACUAUACCCUUGCGAGGCAAAUUCUUGUUUUCCAUCCGUGUUCCCCAGUGAUGCUCCACCAGGCUCCAGGCAAGCCACUGAUAUGGGAAAUCUCCAGCCCUUUCCAAAUAGGCAUGUCAACUACGACGAUAACGAAUCGCCCUUUGCAAUAAAGAACUUUCCAGAUCCUGCGUGGGUAAAUCAGCCAGAUCUUACAACCGCAAUCAAACCUCCCCCAGUGACAACAAACCAAGAAUCCACCUCCUCUACACAAGAUAUCCGCAAGAGUCUGUUGAGAUUGAGAAUGGGACUUGUUGAAGAUUUGGAGGUAUUCGAGACCGGCUCAAUGCUCCUUGAAUCUUCCUCCCUUUUCUACGAGAAUUCUAAUUUGUCAAUUGAAACACUCGACCUUCCAAUAUAUCGCUUGCUCGAUCACACAUCUUGGCUUUUGGCAAUUGUUCGAUCAUCAUGUGGCACGACAGAAGGGAAUUCGGAUGCCACACUCGCUACACAACGAUUUGAAUCGGAAAACACCGGAUAUGAGGACUCUUCGUUUAUUCUUCCAGAUACCGGCGACAAUGGCUUUGAUGAAGAUAUCGCCACAGUAUCCCCACAUGAUUCCGGCUAUCACACCGCAACGACAUCUCCAGAUCGAAGCACACCUCCCACCCCAAAUUGCGAUAUAGCACUGUGGCUUGGCAUAUUGGAGGCACAUUGUUCACUAGUGCGCAUAUAUCGAGCUGUUUUCAUGCGCUUGUAUCAGCUGUUUCUGAUAAUCCCUCCGGUUGAUGCAGCCACAAUUCUGUUGUUGCCGAAAGUACGGUUUGGGCAGCUUCACUUGGAUGGAAAUCUCAUUACCCAGGUUCAAUUGUUGGUUGAUUUCAGCUCGACAAUGAUGAGGAAGCUUGACCGGGCCCUUGAAUUGCGGUCAAGCUCGCCUCAACCACAGGAGGAUCGAGGAUUCGAUCCAGAAUCUGUUCGCCAGAAGGAUUGGUCAACCUCGAUUCGCGAUAUUGUCCUAGCGCAAGAACAAGACCCUUGCGAAAUGUCUCUGAUGGAAAUAAUGGAGUCUUUGGGGCAGCUUGCUAAAGACCCGGUUAUUAUUUAA